AUGCCUAAGCGUAUACGGAUAACCACCCCUCCACCCGAGCUGGCGAAGGCGUCAAGUACGUCACAGCUAGAGACACCCAAGCGAGCUGCCAUAUACGCUGUGCAGCUGUAUUGCCAACAACACGAGUUACCAUGCAGUUUUGAGCGUAUUUCCGCUGUAUUUGGCAUACCUAAGAGUACUGUAGGUGACGUACUUGCAUCAGGGAGAUGCCGGAGGCUUCAAAACUCAGAUUCAAUCGAAACCACGGGAGCCAACCCACAAAUCAUGCGAACGAGGAAGAGAGCGCUUGUAGAUGUCAGUCCCAACGAACCGCCUGAACCAAAGCUAGCGAAAAGACUCGCACGCGACCGAGAGGACGCGUCUGUACGACUAGAGUCCGUGGUUCUACAACAUGCUGACCCUUUCUCGCUCAAGGAGGUGUUAACGCUACAGCUAAAGUAUGUAACGUACGCUAAACCAUCGUACGGCUUCGACCUGGAAGAUAUUAAAACAGGAAAGCAUAUUCAAACGGCCGCCAGGUAUAAGGAGCGAUAUGAUGGCAAGCAGGCCGAGAAAUUCCCGAAUUGGCCCUACGUAAUGUCCCAAGCUACAGCAGAGCUCGUCAAGAAGUAUAGCCUCGAAUCUAUCAAGCGUGACGAGGAUAGUUUCGACAUGGUGGUCUCGAACGACUUUACUGGAUAUGGGUUGCAGGAGGUUAUAGAGAACCAGCUCACAGCCAUCAACUCACUCAUGGCUAAGCGACACGUUUUGGCCGAUGAGCUUGCUGUUGGCCUCUGGGUACGCUUGUCAGCUUUCGCUCACUGGACUCAAUCGCAACAACUAGCGCCUUGGUUCAUGAUGGAUGAUGGCCAGCGCUGGCAGGACACUGUCGCAAUGAUUGGUAUCGCAAUUUUAGCCACGCUAAACGCUCUCGAUCGGGCAAAGCUACUCAUGGAGCACUCCCCGGUCAGGGACCUGGGUCUGGUUCUCGCACUUCUUGGAGACUUCAUUUGCGAUUGUCUGGAUCAAGCCACGACCAUCCCAUAUCUAUCAUCGAACCCUAGGGAAAUCUGCUGGCCGUACAAGAUUGUCUCCUACGCCAAGGCCAACGGUAUCAAGAUCAAAGGCGUUCGGGGCAUCGAAGAGAGAUUCGUACAAAAGUUCGAUGACGCGGAUGAGGCGAACUAUUGGAAGAGAAAAGAGUGUGUUGAUCGCUGGGGCUGGGGUACAAAGGUAGGUGAUAUAUUAUCCCAAAUAACGUUGCCUGACGACCUGCAGUGGAGAAUUCUCUGUCAAACGUACGGCGAACCACGUCACAUCUUCCAUUCGGGUCCACCACUUGGAGGAAAUUACUUUGAUAUCACAUGCUGGCCCGCUGCUGAGAGGAAGAAGUUUCACUUCGAGAAUAAAGACCCUCUUGAGCCCGGAAACUCCCUAUUACUGUGUUUGGAAAGCAGCCUUGGGCUAUGA